AACAGCAACAGCAACAGCAACAGCCCAGCCCAUGUUAACCCCACGCCGACAAUGACUACGCCGGCUGCGGGCUUUGUCCCUGGCCAGGCCGGCCAGCGGUACGCCCCAGUCCCACCGACGUCGACACAGACGUGGGGCGACUCUCCGCCGCCGCCGCAGCCAGGUGCGGUGCCGCGGCUACCCGCUGCAACGGCGACGGCGACAGCCCCGAUUCCCCCGCCUCCCCGGGCUGGCGAGGCUUUUCCCCAGCCGCCAGAGCCCACGGCAGCCGCCCGGCUACCCGGGGAGGCGUCAACAUCAUCAUCACCCUACCCACCAUACCCGCCACCCCCGCAAAUGGGGAUCCCCGCACCGACCGCGCCGUACGCGCAGCGGGGGACGGCCACAGCAACGGGUCCGGUGCGGACAAGCCCCCCCGCCUACCUGCCUGAGCCGCCAGCGACCGGGCCGCGAGAGGUUAGUCGGUUCACCCACCCUCCCGGCUACCAGCAAGACGUCAAUGCGUCGGAGCUGUCUGGUUAUCAACACCAGCAGCGCACCGCAGGACAAGGCCAGUCUGGUGGUGGUGAUGAUGACAAUAACGCGAGCGUCUGGAGCUCGGCUAUGAAGUGGGCAGGCGCGGCGGGCCAAAAGCUGUCGGCAGUAGAGAGCGAGGUAUGGCGGAAGAUUAACAAAGAAUAAGUAGUCAAUGUGUCAGGUAGAGGCUUAGGGGAGUGGAACUAAAUGGAAUAGCAAAACCAGCAAAUAAUUCAAAUGCAAACUAUCUACCCCAUAGCAGAAGAUAGUAGAAGCACG